CACGCCCCAGAGUGACAGCGCGCAGUUGUGUAACUUCUCGGAUGCUGUGAGGUUGGGCAUCACUAAGUUACGCAAGUGUAACCGGUUUGCAAGAGCCGAAGUGGGGUCGCAGAGGGUGGAGAGAGAAGUUAGAAAUAGCUCUUUAUAAGAUUUUUCUCCUCUGCCUCGAAGACUCUAGGCGGACUAACCCUGCAUGCCUCCUCAGCUCUGAAUCCUACUGAGUUCCAUAGAUCUUACUCCCAGGUAAGUGGAGAUAGGCUGGGAGCCUGAGGCUGGUUGGACACGUGUUGCAGUUGCGGAAUAAGCUAGCUGAGUGUUGUACUGUUUCAGACUGCAGAUGGAGAAUGCCCCUUUUAGCAGCUCUUCCCCACAUCAGACUCUGCAACCUUCCAGCAGUUUGACUUCACCGGGAAAGGCACACUCCUCCAUUGUCCCCCCAGAUGGAGGGAUGUCAACAGCAAAACCUUUCUUAAGGGGGGGGAAAAAAGCCUCUCAGCUCAACUAGAAAACUAGCACAUCAGCAAGAAAGUUUCUAGCUCAGCUCUUUCCCUGAUGCUUUUGUCUUGCAGGAAUUUGUUAUUAAAUGUGUACAGUGGUACCUCAAGUUACAUACGCUUCAGGUUACAUACACUUCAGGUUACAGACUCCGCUAACCCAGAAAUAGUGCUUCAGGUUAAGAACUUUGCUUCAGGAUGAGAACAGAAAUCAUGCUCCGGCGGCGCAGUGGCAGCAGGAGGCCCCAUUAGCUAAAGUGGUGCUUCAGGUUAAGAACAGUUUCAGGUUAAGUACGGACCUCUGGAACGAAGUAAGUACUUAACCUGAGUUACCACGGGAAAGGUAAAGGUAAAGGGACCCCUGACCAUUAGGUCCAGUCGUGGCCAACUCUGGGGUUGCAGCGCUCAUCUCGCUUUAUUGGCCGAGGGAGCCGGUGUACAGCUUCCGAGUCAUGUGGCCAGCAUGACUAAGCCGCUUCUGGCGAACCAGAGCAGCGCAUGGAAACUCCGUUUACCUUCCCGCCGGAGCGGUACCUACUUAUCUACUUGCACUUUGACGUGCUUUCGAACUGCUAGGUUGGCAGGAGCAGGGACCGAGCAACGGGAGCUCAUCCUGUCAUGGGGAUUCAAACCACCGACCUUCUGAUUGGCAAGUCCUAGGCUCUGUGGUUUAACCCACAGCGCCACCCGUGUCCCAUUAAACGUGUAGAAAUAUAUUAAAAAAUGAUUUCUCUGCACACUUACAGUCUGAAGUUGUACAUGUCCAGAAUUCUACUCCCUCAUUUCUUUCAAGGAAAGGGAGUCUUAGCUCUGGGGUAAAGCGCUUGCUUUUCCUGUCCAGAUUCCAAAACUUCUGUCUGAAGCCCUGGAUAUUAGCUGCUAGUCAUUGUGGAUAAUAUUGAACUAGGAAGCUGCCUUAUUGAUAUUAGUCCAUUAGUAAAGGUAAAGGGACCCCUGACCAUUAGGUCCAGUCGUGGCCGACUCUGGGGUUGCGGCGCUCAUCUCGCUUUAUUGGCCGAGGGAGCCAGCGUACAACUUCCGGGUCAUGUGGCCAGCAUGACUAAGCCACUUCUGGCGAAUCAGAGCAGCGCACGGAAAUGCCGUUUACCUUCCCGCCAGAGCGGUACCUAUUUUAUCUACUUGCACUUUUUGGUGUGCUUUCGAACUGCUAGGUUGGCAGGAGCAGGGACCGAGCAACCACAGCUCACCCAGUCGCGGGGAUUUGAACUGCCGACCUUCUGAUCGGCAAGUCCUAGGCUCUCUGGUUUAACCCACAGCGCCACCCGCGUCCCUUAUUGGUCCAUUAGCUCAGUGCUAUUUACACUGACUGGCAGCUGCUCUCCAGGGUUUCAAGAUGGGAUUUCUCCCAUCCUUACCUGGAGAUGCCCAGGACUGAACCUGGGACCUUCUGCUUGUGAGGUCGAUGCUUUAACCACUGAGCUAUGACCCUUCCUUGACCUAAACAGGGCAGUGACCAAGGCUUUACAUCCUCAUAAGUAUCCUGUGUAGAAUAGCUCUGAGUGUCUGUUGCGCAAGGGUCAAGUGUAAAACCAGAUUUUGAACUUGUGGAAGAUAGAUGAUUUAGACGCACAAUUGCUCAUGGUGUUGUGUAAGCAGCAGAUCCAUUUGACAUUGCUUUGUUAAUGCUUGCAUAAGACUGAAGGAGGGUUUUGCAUGCCAUCAGAAAUGUUGCUGAAUGUGGGCUGCCACUGGUUUGCCAAAAACGAGAGCCUGCACAUGCUGGAUCGUGCACAACUGCUGCCUCCCCGUAGGCUGAUGGCAGUAGAGGCGCCUGCUGGAAUAUUGAGAUUUGGUUAAUUAAUUUGGCCUCCACAACUGUGAAUCCAGCUGCACACAAGUUGAAGCUUUGAGGCUACUGUGUAUGAUGCAUAUACUGCUAUUUAUUUUUUCAGUGUUCUAAGGAUUGUUUUCAACUGGCUUCCUCCCUGUAUCUACAAUGCAGAAGUAUUUUUUAAAAUAACAUUUUAUUAGUAUUCCAGUAUUACACAAAAUAGCUCAAAUAUAGCCAUAUCAAUUAAUUUGCAAUGCAAAAGUAUUGUCCGCAUGCAGCAUUGCUUUAAAUUUAUACUUCAUUUAAAGCUGGAGCUCUUGUAUUUCUCUGUUUAAAACAUUCGCCCAUUUCAAAGUAGUGAAAAAUAUGUUCAAGUAUAUUUUUAAGGCAGUAAUUCUGCACCCAUCCACCUGGGAGCAAACCCCAUUGAACUUAUUGACAUGUUCUUCUGGGUGGACACAUUGCCACUGUGUUAUAUUUUUUUGGGGGGGGGAGAACCCCACUGGAGUCUAGUCUUGAAGGAGAUGAAACUUAUUACAGAUGUUGCUUAGCUUUCACAUCUGGAAGAUCAUCCUUUUGUAUUUGAUGUUAAUCAGACAUACUGAUUGGCCUCUUAUUUUGGUGCUCACAGCAAACAGAUUAAACCUACUAAUUCAUCCACAAGCAUUGGCUGAAAGGGUUGGGAAAAUCCACUUUGAUCAACCAGAUUGUGAACAUGGGCAAAGUGAGGCAGCCGCCCUGGGCAAAUGCCUGCCAGAGUCCUGUGCUGACCAGGAUUCAUUUGAAACCAGGGUUGUAGCAAGUUUGAAAUCCUAAUUAAGAGGGAGCUGGGUUAACCUUCAUCGUGACUGACAUCAGUGCAGACAGCGAAUAGAGGGCAGAAUUUGAGAUGGACCAUUGGAACCUGGAGCUUCCUCGCUUCAGAACUCUUUUAACUACAGUGGUACCUUGGUUCUCAAACUUAAUCUGUUCCGGAAAUCCAUUCCAAAACCAAAGCGUUCCAAAACCAAGGUGCGCUUUCCCAUAGAAAGUAAUGCAAAAUAGAUUAAUCCAUUCCAGACUUUUAAAAACAACCCCCAAAACAGCAAUUUAACAUGAAUUUUACUAUCUAACGAGACCAUUGAUCCGUACAAUGAAAGCAGUAAACAAUGUACUGCAGUCACACAAUCAAUCCAUCAGUAGCUGAACUGGGUUCCACACAGUCACAAAAACAAAACAAAACAAAACAAAACAAAACAAGAGAGUCACAAAAACACAAAUAGCAAAAACAGACAGACCUCAGUGUAACACUCAAAACGGAAGUGUGGCACUCAAAUUGGAAGCAUUAACACUCAAAACGGAGCACAUUCGACUUCUGAAAAAAGUUCGCAAGCCAGAACACUUACUUCCCAGUUUGCAGUGUUUGGGUUCCAAGUUGUUUGAGUACCAAUGCAUUUGAGAACCAAGGUACCACUGUAUUGUCUUUAAGUGCCUCAGAGUACGUGCCUUUGAGUUUGCCCAUCUGAAAAGUCUACAAGUUAUAUCCAUGUGUUUCCCUAAAUGUUUAUUUAGUGGGGGUUGAGUGAGGUCAACCUUCGUGGCAGGACAGGGAACUUGUGGCCCUCUAGAUGUUGGGUCAUAUUGCAUCACCAACGGUCCAUGGCCAAUGGUCAGGGAUGAUUGGAGUUGUAACUCAGAAACACUUGGAAGACCACAGGUUCCCCAUCUCUGCCAAAUGAGAUAGCUUGUGUACCACUGUCUUUGUGAACAAGUAAGAAUAUUCUCCUGUUCCCACCUAGCUUUUUCCUGCUUGGACACUGCUCCUAAUACAAAGUGGGGAGAAACAAGCUGGUGACGCAACAGAAUGACGAAUAUUUCGAUCCACUGGUUCCGCAAGGCACUUCGCCUCCAUGAUAACCCUGCCUUGUUAGCAGCUAUGAAGGACAGUGCUGAGGUCUACCCUAUCUUUAUCCUUGACCCCUGGUUCCCAAAGAAUAUGCGGGUCAGCGUUAACCGCUGGAGAUUCCUGGUUGAAUCUCUGAGAGAUCUGGACGAGAGCCUCAAGAAGCUCAACUCAAGGCAAGUACCGGAUGGGCCAGUUUUCAAAAUACACCAGGGAGGUUGAAGGGGCCAUUUCUACAGAACUUUCCCCAAACCUGAAUGGUUUUCUAUGGAGAGGCCAAAUGGGGAGGCGUGGGGGUCAAAUUGGCCUACUAGAAUGCAGGUGCAAAAACUACAAUUCUGGCACACAGCGCUGUCAGUUAGCCAUACUGUCCCUCCUGGAUCCUAGUCCUCUCUGUCUUGACCUCAGAAACUCACCUAGUCUUUGGCACUUUCUUGGUUUUUGAGCACUCAAAGGUUGUGGUGUCUCCUCAGGCUGUUUGUAGUUCGUGGCAGUCCUGCAGAGGCAUUCCCAGAACUAUUUAAGAAGUGGAAGGUCACCCUGCUCACAUUUGAAGUCGACACAGAACCCUAUGCGAGGCGCCGUGAUGCUGAGGUGGUGAGGGUGGCAGCUGAACAUGGGGUCCAAGUUGUUCAGAAAGUGUCCCACACUUUGUACGACACUGAAAGGUGGGUACAAAGAGCAAAGGCCACAACAAUUUUGCAUGCAUUUCUGGAAUCCACUAGAUAAAAGUUUCUUAGAGAUUAUUAUUAUUAACUACAUAUAUCAGUCAUUUUUAUUUUUAUUUUUUACAAAAAGGAACUCCAAGCAACUUCCAAAGGAAAACAAAAUCCAUUGCUGGACAUUCCUGAUAAUGUAUUGUCAUAAUUUCCAACAGAAUCAUCAUUGAGAACAACGGCAAGGCACCUUUGACUUACACUCGGCUGCAGACGGUCUUGGCUUCUCUGGGUCCUCCAAAACGGCCAGUUCCAGCUCCUAGCUUGGAAAACAUGAAGGGUGAGUACGAGUCUCUCUGGACUUUGGGAUGCAGGCAAUGGGUUUUUCUGGAUUCUGACAAGUACUGUGGGCCCUUUGGAGUGUGUGAGAGAGUUGUGACUUGGAUAGAAAUGCUGUGGGAUAAUCUGCCUUCCUGGGAUGGGUGGCCUAAGGGACCCCUGACCAUUAGGUCCAGUCGUGACCGACUCUGGGGUUGCGGCGCUCAUCUUGCUUUACUGGCUGAGGGAGCCGGCGUACAACUUCCAGGUCAUGUGGCCAGCAUGACUAAGCCGCUUCUGGUGAACCAGAGCAGCGCACAGAAACGCCGUUUACCUUCCCGCCGGAGGGGUACCUAUUUAUCUACUUGCACUUUGACAUGCUUUCGAACCGCUAGGUUGGCAGGAGCAGGGACUGAGUAACGGGAGCUCACCCCAUCGCGCGGAUUCGAACCACUGACCUUCUGAUCAGCAAGUCCUAGGCUCUGUGGUUUAACCCACAGCGCCACCCGCAUCCCUGAUGGGUGGCCUACCCACACCCAAUUGACAAUUUUCAGUGUUUAUGUUUGUUCUUGGCAGCAGUUCAUGGUUAGCAAGGGAAGAGCUUAACCAUAAGCCUAACCAUGGAUGAUAAUGAUGAUGAUGAUAAUUUUACUAUUUAUAUACCACCCAUCUGGCUGGGUUUUGCUAGCCACUCUGGGCGGCUUACAGUACAUGCUGUGAUGACAUGCUAAGGUUUGGCUGAGCAAAGCAUGAGGAGUAAAAUAGAACAGAGAGGAGCAAAGGGGUUGUGAACAACUCUCUGGGAAUCCACAUUUGCACAGGCCCAGUAAGCCAUAGUUGGUUCACUGUGUUGUGCAGAUCAGGCCUGUGAACAGCAGAUCACAAGGGUGCUUAGCUAAUCAGAUCUGGCAGCUGCUGAAGGCAAAUAAUACUGAGCCAAAGUGACAAUGAAUGGACAAAUAUUUUGCCAUCGUGUUACAAAAAAUGCUGAAAAGAGGUGCGUGAUUUACAGCAGUCAAAAAAGUUAGCAAAAAAAGGUACAGUGGUAGCUCAGGUUACAGACACUUCAGGUUACAGACGCUUCAGUUACAGACGCCGCUAACCCAGAAAUAGUAACUCGGGUUAAGAACUUUACCUCAGGAGGAGAACAGAAAUCGCAUGGCGGCAGCAGGAAGCCCCAUUAGCUAAAGUGGUACCUCAGGUUAAGAACAGUUUCAGGUUAAGAACGGACCUCCAGAACGAAUUAAGUUGUUAACCCGAGGUACCACUGUACUUUGACUUGGCCUUGUUAUGAAUAAUUAGAUAAGUUCUUACAUUGAGUCAUCGGGGUUUAAGAGAGGCAAGAUUUUGGCACAGGCAGCCAGACAAACCAGAGAUGCAGUGUUUCGUACAAGCUUUGAAUCUGUCGGAUCAAUGUUCUAACCUAGAGUGCAGCACACCUGUCACAGAGGACCACGAUAAGGCGUAUGGUAUCCCUUCUCUUGAGGAACUGGGGCAGGAUCCAAAGACAGCUGGCCCCCACCUUUAUCCAGGAGGAGAAUCUGAGGCCAUUGCUCGGCUGGACUUGUAUAUGAAGAGAACGGUACAGUGACUGAAAUGUCUGUGGCUUUUGCCCAACAGACUUUGCUUCACUGGUGGGGAGUCUCUGGCCUGGUGGCCAGAUUUGGCUAGGGUUGCCAUACGUCCAGAAUUUCCCAGACAUACCUGGAAUACUGCAAGUGGGAAGCAGUGUCCGGGCGGAAAUCGCAAAAAAAAAAAGUGUCCAGGAAAAUCCAGAUGUAUGGCAACCCAUGUCGGCAACGUCGUUUUGGGCAAUUUUCUUUUAGAAUAGCUCAAAAACUUCUUUUUUACUCAACAAAUUUGGGCGAAACUUAAAAAAAACCUCAACUUUGAAAAAGAAAGAAAAAGAAAGAGAUCUGUCUGUUUUUUUCAUUGUCUGAAAUAUGGCAAUCCUAGAUUUGGCCUGCAAGACCAUUUCCCCCCAAGCCACGCCAAUAUGCCCCACAUCUGAAGAUGGGACCCCAGAGACUGCCACCUUCCAUGUGCUCCUCCCUGCAUGUCCUGAACAUUACCUGAAGCUGUGCUCCAGAUUCAUUGGCCCUGGAAAACAUGAGUGGUGAUAGCUAGUGCUAUGGCCUCUUCAGCUGUUGCACCCACCCUGUGGGACACAUUGCAAAGUGUGAAAUGUUGGGCCCAUUCGCUGUUGUCUUAGGCAGCUAGUUAAAAGCAUGGCUGUUUGUAACUUGCCUGUGUGAUCAGACUGCUGUCUGAUUUUGGCUGCUGUGGCUCUAUAUUGGCUUCAUUGGGUGUUUGGGGUUUUGCUACAGUUAUUGGCUAUUUUGGAUUUUGCUACAGUCAACAUUUGUGAUUUUAAUGGGGAUUGCUAUGUUUGGUUUGUAAGCUUCCUUGAGUUCCUUUGAAAACUCAGCGGGGUAUGCAUUUUAAAAAUGAGUAAGUAAAAUUACAGGGACAAUAGAACAGGAUGCUCUUUGGUGCCUGAAAUAUAGUAAAGAAAGCAGCUGGCACAUACAAGGCACAGAAGUGCCCAAUGCAGGACCGCCACCAAAAAGCCCUCUUGCCUGAGAGCCACAAGGCAGCCCUUUGGACAUAUCUAGCCUCUCAAAACUCUCUAUGCGUUGUUUUCCCCUUUUUCUUUACAGUCAUGGGUAUGCAAUUUUAAGAAGCCUGACACAUCCCCCAAUUCUUUGACUCCUAGCACUACGGUGCUGAGCCCCUAUGUCAAAUUUGGGUGCCUGUCUGUACGGAUGUUCUGGUGGAAGCUGACUGAAAUCUACCAGGGGGUAAGAAGAGGAGCUUUUUUUUUUAUUCUACAGUUGUCCUAUAAUCACAGAAUACUGUCUGUUUUCAUUGGUACAACUGCUGGAUACUUUCUGUUCCAUUUCAGAAAUCUGUAGGCCAUGGACCUAGAUAAGGGGGUUCCGUUGCGUAUAUGCCGCUUGCAGAUUUCCUCAGAAAGACUUUUUUUAUCUGUCCCAGACCAAGGCUGUCAAAACUCUGAUAUAAAGAGUAUGUAAACUGAUGCCAUCAGAGUUGCUGUGACAAAUCUACAUGGCUAGGGCGUCUGUUACACUAGAGGCAAUCAGCCACCCAAGGCAAGGUGGACUGCAAAAGCUACCUGCAAUAUUUAAUUGGACCAUAUGCAUGGAUACUGUGCAGGUGGGACCUUAGACGGCUACAUUUAGAAGCUCCUCUUUUUAUAACAGCUAAGUUGCGUGAUCAGCAGAGUCACAUAGUGCUGCUCUUGUUAGAUUGUACCACUGAACAUCACUCUGUGAAUCUGAUCAUGUAGCUCAAGUAUACUGCAGUAAAUGUGUCGUCUUCCGACUCUCUGAAAGAGUGGUCCUCCAGCUGUCAUUGGACUACCAACUUGCAUGAUCUCCAGCCAGCAUGACUAGUGGUCAGGGGUGGUGGGAGCUGUGCUCUACGGCCCUGCUCUAAAACAAUCCAAAGAAUAAUUAUUGUUCCUUCUCUACUGUGCUUCUCUAGAGGAAACACUCUGACCCACCGGUAUCUCUGCACGGGCAACUCCUGUGGCGGGAGUUUUUCUACACGGCAGGAGCUGGGAUCCCCAACUUUGACAAGAUGGAGGGCAAUCCAGUUUGUGUGCAGGUGGACUGGGAUGACAACAAGGAGCACCUCAAAGCCUGGCGUGAGGCAUGUUCCGUUUGGCAAAGUUCACAAUCUACCCAAAUAUUUGCAGAUUAAGCAAUCUACUCCCUUGCCACCAGGGCCAAACAUAUUAUCCACACUUAUAUGCACUUAACUAUUCAUAGCACUGUAAAAAAAGGUAAAAGGUAAAGGACCCCUGGACAGUUAAGUCCAAUCAAAGGUGACUAUGGGGUGGCAGCACUCAUCUCGCUUUCAGAACAAGGGAGCCGGUGUUUGUCCACAGACAACUUUUCCGGGUCAUGUGGCCAGCAUGACUAAACCGCUUCUGGUGCAACGGGAUACCGUGACGGAAACCAGAACGCACAGAAAUGCCGUUUAUCUUCCCACCGCAGUGGUACCUAUUUAUCUACUUGCACUGGCGUGCUUUCAAACUGCUAGGUUGGCAGAAGCUGGGACAGAGCAACGGGAGCUCACCCCAUCAUGGGGAUUCAAACUGCCAACCUUCUGAUCAGCAAGCCCAAGAGGCUCAGUGGUUUAGACCACAGCGCCAUCCGCGUCCCAAUAUAACACUGUAGACCAAUGGGACUAGUGGUGUUGCUAUUUCCUACAGCAGAAGAAAAGGGUCAAACUCAGGUUGUUCCACGUAGGGCUGAGAAAGAUUCCCAUCUGCAAUUCUCAAUGCAGACAAGGGCUACAGAACCUCAGGCCUGUGAGCCAGAGGUGGCCCUUCAGGCUUCUCUGUCUGGCCCUCAGAACUCUUGCCCUAGGCCACAACCACCCAAGUGCUUUUGGCUUGCUGGAAUGUGUGAUGAUACUUCACUUGGAUGGGUGAGUGGGUGGGUUUAUGGUUUGGUGUGCAUGUAGAAACCCAACUUUUGCAUGGCAGCAAUGUAAUCUACUGUACCAAGGGUAAGAGUCACCCACUUUUGUAUCGAGCCCCACCCAAAACAGGUAUACGGCCCUUGGAAGGUUUACUGCAAGGGAAUGUGGCCCUCAGCCUUGGUGUAGACUGUACUAAGCUUGACAUGCUGGUGGUUUGUCUCUUAGAUAAGUCAACUUUCUUCAUUCCUUCUUACAUCAACUUCUCUCCAAGUUCUGACAUGAUAUUACUGUAAUUCUGUAAACAUAUUUUGCUGUGCUCCAAUGAAAUUGAGCUGCAUAAUUGAUAAUAUCUGUUUUUCCACAGUUUAUCCAGAACGGUUUAUUUCCUUUUAUUUGGUACAUGUGAUCAGAAUUCCCUGACUGCAUAAAUGAUUUAACAUUUUGGGGUGGCAUUUGUGUUUUCAAGAAUGUUGCUAUAUAUAACACGCACUGCUUAAAUAGGAGUGGGAUAGUGUUAAGGGAAAACCUGAGCUUCCUCUCCCUUUCUUGCUGCCAGGGCCGGACAGGCUACCCUUUUAUAGAUGCCAUUAUGACGCAGCUGCGCACAGAGGGCUGGAUCCAUCAUUUGGCACGGCAUGCGGUGGCUUGCUUCCUGACGCGAGGAGACCUCUGGAUAUCCUGGGAGGAAGGGCAAAAGGUGAAGGCAGGUUGGGAGUUCAUCAUGAAAGCUGCAGAGUUCAGAACGUUCUCUGUAGCCAGAGGAAAGCUGGAUUUAUUGGCAGGUCCAUAGCUAGUUAAUGGAUGAAUUUUAGGUUGCCCCUGAGCACACACUCCAUUCAAAACUGGGAGAUCUCCCCUUGCGCCAUUCCUAGUUCUCAGGACAAAAACACCAUUGUAUUUUCAAGAUUCCCAGUUGCCUUGCACUGUAACACCCUCCUUCCCAAGCAACAUACUUAAGUUGCCCUGCAUGUUUAUUCUGCAUACAGAGUACAGUGGUACCUCUGGUUACGUACUUAAUUCGUUCCAGAGCUCUGUUCUUAACCUGAAACUGUUCUUAACCUGAAGCACCACUUUAGCUAAUGGUGCCUCCUGCUGCCGCCAGAGCACGAUUUCUGUUCUCAUCCUGAAGCAAAGUUCUUAACCCGAGGUACUAUUUCUGGGUUAGCGGAGUCUGUAACCUGAAGCGUAUGUAACCUGAGGUACCACUGUAGAUGGAAAACCUCUGACUUAUUGCAUGACAGGAACAGGCUAAUGUACAAAAGGGUAGGAGUCCUAUCCAUUGUCUGCUGAAUAUUGGCAUGUAGACCCCAUAACAUGAGUAGGCAAACUAAGGCCCGGGGGCCGGAUCCAGACCAAUUGCCUUCUAAAUCUGGCCCGCGGACGGUCCGGGAAUCAGUGUGUUUUUACAUGAGUAGAAUGUGUGCUUUUAUUUAAAAUGCAUCUCUGGGUUAUUUGUGGGGCAUAGGAAUUCAUUCAUCCCCCCCCCCCCAAAUAUAGUCCGGCCCCCCACAAGGUCUGAGUGGACCGGCCCCCUGCUGAAAAAGUUUGCUGACCCCUGCCGCAGAAUGUUGCCUGUGAGGGUAGGCAGCUCUCAGGCUGGAAAAGUUUGCCGCCUCUUGCCUUAUGGCUUCCUGCUUUCUGCAUUGUGGAAUACAUGGCAGGGGUUCACCGUCCCUUUAAGGAGAGUCAGACUACAGUGGUGCCCCGCAAGACGAAUGCCUCGCAAGACGGAAAAACCGCUAGACGAAAGGGUUUUCCGUUUUGAAGUUGCUUCGCAGGACGAAUUUCCCUAUGGGCUUGCUUCGCAAGACGAAAAUGUCUUGCGAGUCUUGAGAUUUUUUUUUCGCUUUUCCCCCCCUUUAUCUAAUCUGCUAAGCCUUUAAUAGCCUUUAAUAGCCUUUUAGCAGCUAAUCCCCUAAGCCUUUAAGCCUUUAAUAGCCGCUAAACCGCUAAUAGCGCUAAUAGCGCUAAUCCGUCAAUGGGCUUGCUUCGCAAGACGAAAAAACCGCUAGACGAAGACUCUCGCGGAACGGAUUAAUUUCGUCUUGCGAGGCACCACUGUACUGUCCCCUCUGUCCCCUAUUCCACCAGGAGCAUAGUUAAAAUGUAACGUUACAAAAAGCUUGUAGAGCAUGAGGAAGCUAUGACUAUUGGACUGGACUUCUUUGGGGUUCCCAAAAGGCGUUCGUUUUCCAAACUGCUCCUAUUUCAGGUCUUUGAAGAACUGCUCCUUGAUGCCGAUUGGUCCUUGAAUGCUGGUAACUGGCAGUGGCUUUCUGCAAGUGCCUUUUUCCACCAGUUCUUCCGUGUCUACUCACCAAUUGCCUUCGGCAAGAAGACAGACAAAAAUGGAGAGUAUAUAAAGUAGGUGUAAUAGUUUAGCAUCGCUGCACUUAAAACCAGCAUUAAGUUAUCUGGCAGAGUUUAUGUUUACUGCUGGGAACAGUAACCGUGUCUAUGAAUGUGAUUACAGGAAAGCUAUUACAGGAUUGGUGAGAAACUCUUUUUAGCUUUGCCUGUGCCUAAGAGGCAACUGGUAUAAGUGCAGGAGUAAUCUGGUUGAUUUUUAGGUCUCUACAAUCUGUAAUUUCAGAAUUCUUUGAUGUCACCAUGCUUUAAAAAUUAAUCCAAAUUCUGCAUUGAGAAAAAUAAUUUUGCUAUAUGUAUAGAGCAAAAAGUGCAUUACUUUGUCUAAUUUCAGUUUUUCUUAUCAUUAGCAAGGUGCUAUUCUCUGAACUACUAAAAGUAUUAUUCAACCACUUCUCUGACUUCUGAGAGCCAAGUGGUUGUACCCUGUUCCAGGGCAGACAUGGACCUAAGAAUAUUGAUUUUAACUCUGCAAAGCAUUAGGCUGUCAUACUAUGCCACUAAGCCCUGAGCCUUUUCCCGUACACACCUGACUUCCUCUUUUAUCAUUACAACCUACGCAGGAAGUACCUCCCCUUCCUCAAGAAGUUUCCAAGUGACUACAUUUAUGAGCCUUGGAAAGCACCACGGAGCGUGCAGGAGCGUGCAGGCUGCAUCAUUGGUGAAGACUAUCCCAAGCCCAUUGUUGCUCACGAAGAAGUGCGGAAAAAGAAUCUCGAACGGAUGAAGGCAGCGUAUGCACGGCGAUCACCGAGUGCAGCUGCCGAAGCGCAGGAUGAAACAAGGAAAAAAGGUAAGCUUGUCAAAACAAGAGUGCUGUUAUGGCUUUGGGGUACCUGUACAGGAGGGACGCGGGUGGCACUGUGGGUUAAACCACAGAGCCUAGGACUUGCCGAUCAGAAGGUUGGUGGUUCAAAUCCCUGCGACGGGGUGAGCUCCCGUUGCUCGGUCCCUACUACUGCCAACCUAGCAGUUCGAAAGCACGUCAAAGUGCAAGUAGUUAAAUAGGUACCACUCUGGCGGGAAGGUAAAUGGCGUUUCCGUGCGCUGCUCUGGUUCGCCAGAAGCGGCUUAGUCAUGCUGGCCACAUGACCCAGAAGCUGUACGCCGGCUCCCUCAGCCAAUAAAGCGAGAUGAGCACCACAACCCCAGAGUCGGCCAUGACUGGACCCAACGGUCAGGGGUCCCUUUACCUUUACCUGUACAGGUAAUGGCCUCAGCACAGUGCCCUGUCACAACCCAUCUUUCCAAUCUCAGCUGGCAGAGAAUUCAGUGGCCACGUUGCUCACCAGGGCAUGUAACACCAAUCUUAGCCCAACUGCAUUGGCUGUCAGUCGGUUUCCAGGCCCAAUUCAAAGUGCUGGUUUUGAUCUAUAAAGCCUUCAAUGGGUCAGGAUUGCAAUACCUCAAGUACUGCCUCUCCCCAUAUGAACUGAACUUGACUGACCUGGACCUAGCAAUCAUCAUCUGAGGCCCUUGUUUGUGUGCCCCCUCAGUGAGAGGUCCAGAGGGUAGCAACACGAGAACAGGACAUUUUUGUUGUGGCUCAGUUUGUGAAAUGCUCUCUCCCCAGGGAGGCUCGCCUGGUACCAUUAUUAUAUAUCUAGGCGCCAGUCAAAAACUUCCCUCUAUACCCAGGCCUUUAUCUAUGGACUUUUAGAGUGGGUGGGAUGUUUUAAAUGUUAAUUUCCCUCUCCCCACACCUUGGUUUUAAUGUAUCUAUGCGGGUUCUUUGUUUUUAAGUUGCUUUGGGUUGUCUUGGGCAAGAUAAAAUGACUAACAAGUUUAAUUAAUAAUAAUCUCGAAUUACUGUGGUUCUCAAACAUCUAAGACUGGUGACAUCCAUCAACACUUUUAGGCUAAAUUCUAAUACCCAAAAGAACUGGAUUUUUUUUAAUUGUGAAAAGGAAUUAGCCACCUUUCAAGGAGGCAGGUCUCCAUGUUAAUGCAGGAAUUGUUGUUUAGGAGAAAGGUUGUGAGCAGUGAGAAAUAGUGAGGCAACCUCAGAGGGCAUGCAGUUCGUUUGCAUUGGGUAGAAUGGAAUUAACUCUGUCCAACCCGGAGAUGUAGUGCAAUUAUCUGCCCUAACAGAGGCCAGCUGGAAGCCAGAGCAGUUAAUCAUGCAGAAACACAACAGCGGCCUAUGAGUGGAUGCUUUGAGCUCAUUGACCUUUAAGUUCAUACAGUUCCUUGGUACAUGGCACACUGAGGUCUUGCAGCUGAGUGUGGGUAUUAGAAUUAAUGGUCUCCCCCCCCCCCCAAGAUACAGGUUACAUUCCAGCAGAGUGACAGAAACAGUAAUUUAAUUCUGAUCUUCAAGCAGCCCUAUGUCAAAUUUUGGAGCUUCAUUUGAGGGAAACUGGAUCUCAGCUGUUGGCAUCAAGCCAUGAACACAGAGGGAUCUAAAUGGAAAAUGGAGAACAGGGGCCUUAUGGCAGAAGGUGGUUAGGAUCAAGUAAAAGCCAGGCUGUACAUUGAAAAGUGCUACACACAAAUCAACUUGGACUGUUGUUUUCUUUUAGAUGCCAACCAGAAGCGGCCAAAGGCUCUACUGAAAGCUGAAGUGCGAUCAAAGAAAGUGAAGAUCAAAAGCACCUAAAAGUGGCUCAUGUUGAAAACUAUGGCUUAAAACUAAAAAAACCAAAACAAUACCCACAGUAUAAUAACUUUUCAAAAUGCUAGAAGUGGUGGAGAAUGGCUAAGUUAAAUACUACCCCCUCUAUCAUACUCUGCCUCUGGACAGCAAGCGCGACUAGGGAGAAAGUGAGGUCACACAACCCAUCAGGGUUUCCAUGCUUAUCUUCUAUGGUGCUGGGGCGGGGGGGAAGGCACCUUUGGCCAAAUUUGGUCUGGCAGGGUAGCCUCAAUAUGGCCUGCAAGACCAUUCGCUCAAGCCCAUCCAACACUUGAUCUUAAAGUGAGUUUCCAAUUGUUCAUUUGCUGGAGUACAGCAUGCUUCCGCUGACGGGUGCUGGGAGUGUGGCUUGUUCCAACAGCACAAAGCUACUAAACUGCUACUAAAGGCAAAGCUUGUUUCAAUGCAAACCACUUCAUGCUACUGAACUACAGGAAGGGGUGUUUUGUUUUGUUUUUUUUUUAAAAAAGCAUGUAAAUUUUAAUAUACCAUAUCCCCCUGCAUCCUAAGCUACUAUUCUCCCAGGACAGGUAUAUCUUGUGGAUUUUCAGAUUAAGUGACAGAAAGGAACAGCCACUGAGAAGACACACUAGACUGCCGUCAAGUGACAAUUUUUUAAUUAUGAAGUCACCUUGGCAUUUGGGGGGCUGGAAAGGUAACUUGCAAUAUUCUAAAAUAAAAUUGCUAAAAACAAUGUCAGUAUUCACAACUCUCUCCGUUACCUUGUGAAUAUCAAUUUUUCCAUCAUAACAUGCUUCUGAGGAACUUUUCCUUCCCUCAUUAAACUCUUGUUGCCAUUAAGCUUUUUAUGCAAUCUUCCCUUCUCAAACAAAAUUAGGAAGCGCCAAUUAGGCUGAAGGUACAGUUCUUCAGAGUUGGAACUGGUUUGAGAGAGGCUGCUUCCCAUAGUACACCCCCACGUCUUUUGCCUCACUGUCAGUACUUGCCAGAAAAAUGAAUCAAAAUGAAAAAGCAGGAGUGGAAGGAAUGCAUCCAACAGAAAUUGGCUCUCCCUUUUAAACUGCCUUCCGCUCUUUGAAAUAACUCUACAGACCUCCUUUCCUUUUCUAUCUCCAACUGUAAAAAAAGAAAACUCAUUCUUUUAACCCCCAAUAAUGCUGCUGCAGUUGUUUUUUUUAAUGGUAUAUAGAAACAGUAAAAAAUCAGCCUGAUUUCUGGGAUAAGGGUGAAAAUAGUUCAUUUCUUCCACUUCGAAACAUAAUUUCCAAUGACCUCAGUUCUAAGGUUAUCCAAAAUAACCAGCUGUCAGUUCAAUAAGCAAUUGUCUCUUCCACGAAUCAAGAAACAGCACCAGAAGGUUAGAUGUAGCAAAAAGCCAGGGAGAUCCAUGGCAAGUAUAAUAGC